CUUUUCGUCAUUUGGCACUCACUCCACGAAUCAGUGGGAUUGAUUAACAACGACACACGCCUCCCUCCAUCGUCGUCUUCCUCGAUUUCUCGACGUUUUUUGUCUCUCCAAACCUUACCGAAUGGCGUCCGGAUUGGUACGACGGGCGAUAUCUAGGGUUCCUUCAAUUUCACCGGCCGCUAGAGCGGUUGUUUGCCGGGCGCACGCGUCGGAGGCGGAGGCGCAGAAGGUGCAGAACAAGGCGCAGCCUGUUGCGACUCCCAAGACCUUCCAGAUUUACCGAUGGAAUCCAGACUCAUCGGGCAAGCCGAAGCUCCAGGACUACGAGAUUAAUCUCAAGGAAUGCGGGCCGAUGAUUCUGGACGCCCUAAUCAAGAUUAAAAAUGAGAUCGACCCCACUCUGACCUUCCGCCGCUCGUGCCGCGAGGGAAUCUGUGGUUCCUGCGCUAUGAACAUCGACGGCAGGAAUGGAUUAGCCUGCUUGACGAAAAUAAACGCGGAAGGGCCGACGAUGAUCAACCCUCUGCCGCACAUGUUCGUGAUUAAGGAUUUGGUUGUGGACAUGACCAACUUUUACAAUCAGUAUAAAUCGAUUGAGCCAUGGCUGAAGAGGAAGAGCCCUCCGGAGAACCCGGGGAAGGAGAUUCUGCAGAGCAAGGAGGAUAGGAAGAAGCUCGAUGGGAUGUACGAGUGCAUCCUGUGUGCCUGCUGCAGCACCUCCUGUCCAAGCUACUGGUGGAACCCUGAGUCCUAUUUGGGCCCCGCUGCCCUCUUGCACGCCAAUAGAUGGAUAAUGGAUAGCCGUGAUGAAUUUACAAACGAGCGCCUUGAUGCUGUGAAUGAUGAGUUCAAGCUGUAUCGAUGCCAUACCAUUUUGAAUUGCGCCAAGGCUUGUCCUAAGGGGCUGAAUCCUGGAAAGGAAAUAUCGAAUAUCAAGAAGCUGGAGCAACAAGGGGCUUGGACUUCUUAGAGCUCCAAACAAAACUAGUCUUCACCGGCAGUAUUUAAGUAUUGUUGCAGCAAAAUAACAAGAAGGUAGUGACUUUGUAAUUCUUUCCCGAUAUAUCAGAAUCAUUAUUAUUGUACCUCAGGUAAAAGUUCCCAUUCCAUAAAAAUAAAUCGAUCAUGGAAAUUACUCCCUGGUUUCCACUCCAUUGUCUUACUGGAUUGGAUCAACACAAGUAGUUCUUACUUGGUUGACAUCUGAUGGAAUAUUAUUGUUUUCUUUCA